AUGGAGAUUGGGCGGUUGAGCGCCGUGAUCGCGAUCGGAGUCUUUGCUCUUGUUCUCUCUUUGAGAUUUGGGGCUUGUGAAGCGAAUCGGGGUCCGGGUAACUUUAUAUUAGAUGCGCAAAAUUUUCCAACUUUAGAGGAUGGAUUACUGAAGUUUGCUCCAGUGGCGUCAGGGCCUGUUGCUAUGGCUCCUGAUUCAAAGUCUCCUCUGAUUUUAGCAGCAAAAAGAACAAGGAGGCCUGAUGUUCUUAAUAAGUUCAAGAUUUAUGGUGGAGGCUGGGAUAUCACCAAUAAGCAUUACUGGGCGUCUGUUGGAUUCACUGGAGCUGCUGGAUUUAUACUUGCAAUAUUGUGGUUUUUCUCCUUCGGCCUAGCAUUAGGCUUCCGCCACUGUUGUAGUUGGCGAAUUGGCGUCAAAGACAAAGGCUCAUCUCGUACACAAUAUGCCUGUUUUGUGCUAUUACUGGUGUUCACAUGCGCUGCCUCGACUGGCUGCAUUCUUCUCACUGUUGGGCAGGAUGAUUUCCAUGGUGAAGUGCUGGAUACCCUAAGCUUUGUUGUCAAUCAGUCAGAUUUCACUGUUCAGAUCCUACGGAAUGUUACAGAUUUUCUGUCCUUUGCAAAGACAAUAAAUGUGGAAGAGGUUUACCUUCCAUCUGAUGUUCAAAAUGAAAUUGACAAGCUGAACAUAGAUUUGAAUAAUGCGGCUAAUACCCUAUCAGAUAAAACAAAUGAAAGUUCAGAAAAGAUUAGAAGUGUUAUUGAUACAGUGAGGUGUGUGUUGAUUGUGGUAGCAGCAGUGAUGCUUAUACUUGCAGUAAUUGGUUUUGUACUCGCCGUUCUUGGUUACAAACAUGCGAUGUACAUAUUCAUUAUGAGUGGCUGGCUACUUGUGGCAGUUACAUUUGCUCUCUGUGGAGGUUUUGUAAUCCUCAACAGUGCUGUAGGUGACACUUGCACUGCCAUGGAUCAAUGGGUGGAAUAUCCACAGGCAGAAACUGCUCUCAGUAACAUCCUCCCAUGCGUCGAUGAAAAGACUACCAAUCGAACACUGUAUCAGAGUAAAGAUGUGAUUCAGCGGCUUGUGAAUAUUGUCAACAUUGUAAUCUGGACAACUGCUAAUUCAAACAGCCAAUCACAAUCAAAUUCUUAUUUCUACAAUCAGUCUGGACCCUUGAUGCCACCUCUUUGUUCUCCAUAUGAUUCUCAUCUGCGUCCCCGGCAAUGUGAUCCUUAUGAAGUAUCAUUCGGCAAUGCAUCAAUGGUGUGGCAGAACUAUACGUGCGAAGUUUCUGAAGCAGGCUCAUGCAUAAGUCCGGGGAGGAUAACCCCAGAUAUCUAUACUGAACUGGUUGCAGCUGUGAACGUGAGCUAUGCACUCGAUCAUUAUGCCCCUCUGCUUCUCAGCCUUCAAGACUGCAACUUUGUUCGAGAGACCUUCAACUCCAUCACAACAUUCUACUGCCCGAAUUUAGAGCACGGGCUUAAGUUGGUGAAUCUUGGGUUAGCUUUUAUAUCCACUGGAGUCAUGCUCUGCCUCAUCUUGUGGAUUGUAUAUGCAAACCGCCUCCGAAGAAGGGAGGAGGUGUUUGUGACAACUCCAUCUGAAGUCAAGGUUUUUGUAGAAAAGAGGUGACUUUUUGCAUAAUGAGCUAUCAAGAGAUUGAGUGAUGAGAUCUAUAUGCUAGUCUCAUGCAUGCGUCUUGGCUCUUGACUAGUAACCCCUUAUUAUUAUUAUUAUUAUUAUUAUUACUUAGUAUAUAUCUAUAUAUAAAUAUGUAAUAUAUUGUAAAUGUUGGAGAGUGAUUUAUUUUACCUCCAUCUUUUCUUUUUCUUUUCUUUUUCAAUUUCUUUUAGUAUGAGAAGUGCCCAAAUGGGGCGAAGCACCAUUUGGGGUGAUGAGUAAUUUAUGAUGCAGAGCAGUUGUAUUCAGGGAACACAAAAGAAAUGAUCUUAGUGGUGAUCAAUGUGAAUGAAAGAAAAAGAGGCUCAGGCCUGCAGUUUCUCUUUGUUA